AUGCAUGCUUCUGGUGGGCCAAGUCCCCGUGACUGGGGAUCAGUCCUCCAUGGCGGGUCUGUGGUGGUCAGCAGCACGGGCAUCAACUCCGUCAUCAACACACGUCAUGCCGCCGGCGGGUCUAUGGUCUCGUCCAGCUCGUGCAGUUCCUACCCGACUGGGGCGUUACAAACUCCGGAGCUACUGGACAGCACUCGCGAUUUGAUCGUGUUCAGCGAUGCCAUCACACGUCAUUUCCAUGUCGUCAUGAGCUGCCUCGCGCAGAACGACCAGGAUUUGCGAACUGGUGCCGACAUGAUUCACGUCCUGGUCGUUGGCUUAGUCGGUGCAGCCCAGGCCAGACGUGGCUUCAACCUGCGACUCCCUUCCCCCAAGGGUCCAAAGGACCCAAUAAUUUUGGUUGAACUUUAUUGUCACUUUAUAGCUUUUAUCACUUUUAGGAUUAGCCUUUUUUUGAUAUUGGGGGGGGUACUAAAAGUUGUAAUUUUUGCAAGGUAA